CACACUCUUGAUGUAGCCAAGUUCGUUCUUCGUUGCAGAACUUUCAAACCAACCCCUCCACCGAAAACUCCCUCCCCAGAACUUUGAUCGGAGCGCCGCCGCCACCGCCGCAGCGCCAUGUUUUCUAGCAAAGAAAUGCCGUCUCCACAGUCAUUAUUCUCGGCUUACGCGUCAAUGGCCGGCUCCCUAAUGCUGUUCCGAUCAAUGGCCAACGACCUGAUCCCCGGCCCGAUCCGGUCUUACAUCGCCGCCGCUGUCCGCCGCCUCUUCAAUUCCUCCUCCCCUCUCCUGACCCUCCUGAUCGAAGAAUCCUCCGGCAUGUCCCCCAACCAAAUCUACGACGCCGUCGACACGUACCUGUCGACGAAAAUCACUCCGGCCACCGCGCGCCUCCGCAUCACCAAAUCCCCCAAAGACAAAUCCCCCACCCUCCGCCUCGAAAAGGGCGAGAAAUUGGUGGAUUCCUUCGACGGCAUCGAGCUCCUGUGGACCUUCAAUUCCCACGACCACGACAAAUCCAGCAACACCCCCAACAACAACGCUCUGUUUCCGGGCGGCAGAACAGAGCGCCGCUACUUCGAGCUCCAAUUCCACAAAACCCACUACCAAAAAAUCCUCCGAUCCUACAUCCCCCACCUCCUCGAUCGCGCCGCCGCCAUCAAGAACGAAUCCAGGGCUCUCAAAAUGCACACCAUGAGCAGCUCCGGCUGCUACAGCGGGAAGUGGGAGGCCGUCAAUCUGGAGCAUCCGGCGACGUUCGAGACGGUGGCGAUGGAGGCGGAGCUGAAGAGGGCGGUGAUGGAGGAUCUGGACAGGUUCGUCAAGAGGAAGGAGUUUUACAAGAGGGUGGGGAGGGCGUGGAAGAGGGGCUAUUUGCUCUACGGCCCGCCGGGGACCGGCAAAUCCAGCUUGAUUGCGGCCAUGGCCAAUUACUUGAAGUUUGAUAUUUAUGAUCUGCAGCUCGCCAAUGUGAUGCAGGAUUCCGAUCUCAGGAAGCUGCUGUUGACCACCGGGAAUCGCUCCAUUUUGGUGAUCGAGGAUAUUGAUUGCACGGUCGAGCUGCCGGACCGCCGCCUCGGCGAUUGGCCGCCCUCCCACUCCGCCGAAAUUCAGUUGACGCUGUCAGGGCUUUUAAACUUCAUAGACGGGCUAUGGUCAAGCUGUGGCGACGAGAGGAUCAUCGUGUUGACGACGAACCACAAGGAUCGGUUGGACCCGGCGCUGCUCCGGCCGGGGCGCAUGGACAUGCACAUCCACAUGUCCUUCUGCAGUUUCCACGCCUUCAAGCUUCUGGCCGCCAACUACCUCCAG